CUGAGCCAGGGUGGGGGCCCUGGGAGCAGGGCAGGGGGCAGGGGGCCAGAGGUGCUGGGCUUGGGAGCGGGGCUCUCGACUCUGGGGCAGGAAGUGAGGUGCAGAGCAGCUGGGGAGCCCCUGGAGGCCUCGGGGAGCAGGAGGGCGAGUGUGGCGAAGGCAGCGGAAGUCGGAAGCUCCAGCGGCCACGCUCACACUCACGGGGCGGCCUGACCGACCGACCGAGCAGCAGGACGGCUCCUGGGGAGCGGGGCCCGCUCAUCCCUUCCCUCCGGGCCCUUCGGAGGUGAGCAAGACAAGGAACCAGGUGAGGGUUUUGACCAGAGGAUCUGAGUCUAGUCUGUGAGCCUCCAGGUGUCAGGUGACCUUAAGGAGCAGGACCCCACCCAACCUUGCUUUUCCAGCUCUGAGAAUUCCCACUCACUGCGUGUUUAAUGGUGGGCCCUGAAGUGGGUGAGAGGGUAGACGUGGGGUCCCAGUCGCCCCCUUGGCCAGCGCUCCCUCUGAUCCACACAAUGGGCUUGUGAAGGCGGAUGCUUCUGGGGGCUCCGGCAGAGUUUAUGCUCUUGGAUGAUGGAUGACGACAGACUGUCUGAACACCUCAAACCUGUGGAAUUUCUCGACAUCUGUCUGGGAGACAACCUGCCCCACCCAGGAGUGCACCCGAGGGAAACGCGUGGCCUUCUGGAUCCUCCUGAACCUUGCGGGGAACAGACCUGGGCCUUUGAUGCUCCUGAUUUCACACGGCAAGAUGGUCCUCCCAGGGGCACCAGCCCAGAACGCAUGCAUCUGGGGAGCAGCUCUUCCCAGGGGGGACCGGGGCAGAAGGCAGCACCCCCCGGGUCCCCCAGGGACAGCCAUCCUCUGGGGAGCCCCAGGCAGAGCCAGAGCACGUCCACCCAGGUGAUGUUCUGGGCGGGCAUCCUGCAGGCCCAGAUGUGCGUCCUGGACCUGGAGGAGGAGCUGGAGAAGACGGAAGGGCUCAGAGCUGAGCUGAGAUGCUGCCUCCCCACGGCCCCUACGGACCUCCCUACUUUCCCCAGCGCAGCGGGCCACCAGGACUCGGGUCUCCGCCCCAGCCUACCUGUAGACGUGGACGAGGCCUCGGGGGAGGACAGCAGCGGGCCCGAAGUAGAGACCCAGAACCCGGGGUGGCGAAGGGAGGGGGUGCCUGACUCCUCCCCGGAGUGGGGGCCCGAGGAGGAGAGCGUGUUCUUUGACAACCCCGUCUUCCUAGAGAGCCCUUGCUCGGACACCAGUGCUUCUGAAGCUCAUUUUUCCUGGGGGUUCUCAGACUUCUGUGCAGACGUGAGGACUGGGCCCCUGGAGUCUCCCCUCCCAGGAGGCAGAAUGCCGUGGGAGCAGGGCCAGGAGCCUGAUCUGGGGGACGGCACAGCGCAUUCCAGCAGCCCCACCACGCCUCCGUUCCCUGUGCCCACGUACAGACCGCACUCCUUCUCCUGGGCUGUGGGGGAUGCGUCCACCACCCCUGAAGGGCCUCCCACAGCACCUCCCAGCCAGGAGGAGAGUGAGACUCCUCUGGGAGACAGUCAUGACCCUGCCCCACCUGUGGCAUCCUGUGUGGACAAAGCAUUGACCUGGGAAACAGGACCUGUGGGAUCUGCCUCCAGCCCCGCCAUACAUCCUGUGCAACCUUGGCAGACUCUGCCCAGCCCAGAGGCCUGGCAGACAGAGGACGUUCCUUCCUGGCCCCGGGAGGCUCUUAGCUCCCAGGACAGAGGUGACAGGGAUACAGAGUGUCCCCAGGAGUCUGCUCCCUGCCCCGUGGCCCCUGGCCCCUGGGAGAGCCCAGCUUCUUCGCCAGAGCCGAGCAGCCCUGAGUCUGAGGCCAGAGGCCCCGGCCCCCAGCCCAGCCCCGUGUCCUCCCAGGAAGGCAGCCCGCAGCUCCGAGGCUGCCCCUCAGGCGGUGUUCUUCCCAAGUGGACACUAGAUGCUUCAAGCCCUUCGCUUUUGGAGACAGAUGGGGCGGAUCCCAGUUCCCUGGAGAAGGAGGAGGCUGGAGAGGCCCCAAAGCCAGAGAAGGAAAUAAAGAGAGAAGGCCCAGCCAGGCCUGCGGAGGCUGGAGCUGUCCGGCCCGACAAUCGCCUGCCCUCUGCAGAAGGGUGUCCCAAGAGCCCCAUGCCCCAAGUACAGUCCCCAGAGGAAGGCCAAAGGCCACAGGCUGGAGACAAGCUGGCUAAUGGCGUCAGGACAGACAAGGGGGCCUGGAACUUGGCCUCUCGCCUCUAUCACCUGGAGGGCUUCCGGAAGUCCGAAGUGGCUGCCUACCUGCAGAAGAACAAUGACUUCAGCAGGGCUGUGGCUGAGCAGUACCUGUCCUUCUUCCAGUUUGGAGGCCAGAGCCUGGACCGUGCCCUCCGGGGCUUCCUCCAGGCGCUGGUGCUCAGCGGGGAGACUCAGGAGCGGGAACGAAUCCUCUACCAGUUUUCCAGGCGCUUCCAUUACUGCAAUCCUGGGCUCUUCUCCUCAGUAGAUUCUGUGCACACCUUGACCUGCGCCAUCAUGCUCCUUAACACGGACCUGCACGGACAGAACAUCGGCAAGAGCAUGAGCUGCCAGGAAUUCAUAACCAACCUGAACGGCCUGCGGGACGGCGGCAACUUCCCCAAGGAACUGCUCAAGGCUCUCUACUGGUCUAUCCGAAGUGAGAAGCUCGAGUGGGCUGUGGAUGAAGAAGACGCAGCCAGACCCGAGAAGGCCCGGCCGCCUCCCCUGGCGGGCAAGAUGAGCAACCCCUUCCUCCAGCUGGCCCAGGACCCCACGGUGCCCACCUACAAGCAGGGCAUCCUGGCUCGGAAGAUGCAUCAGGACGCGGAUGGCAAGAAGACACCAUGGGGCAAGCGGGGCUGGAAGAUGCUACACACCUUACUGCGGGGGAUGGUCCUCUAUUUCCUGAAGGGAGAGGACCACGGCCUUGAGGGGGAGAGCCUGGUGGGACAGAUGGUGGAUGAGCCGGUGGGGGUGCACCACUCUCUGGCCACCCCGGCCACCCAUUACACCAAGAAGCCACACGUCUUCCAGCUGCGCACGGCAGACUGGCGCCUCUACCUCUUCCAGGCACCCACCGCCCAGGAGAUGAGUUCCUGGAUCGCACGCAUCAACUUGGCCGCCGCCACGCACUCGGCGCCGCCCUUUCCCGCUGCGGUGGGCUCCCAGCGCCGCUUCGUGCGGCCCAUCCUGCCCGUGGGCCCCGCCCAGAGCUCCCUGGAGGAGCAGCAUCGAUCCCACGAGAACUGCCUGGACGCUGCCUCCGACGACCUGCUGGAUCUGCAGAGGACCUUACCGGAGCGCCGGGGCCGCAGCCGCGAGCUGGAGGACUACCGCUUGCGGAAGGAGUACCUGGAAUAUGAGAAAACGCGCUAUGAGACGUACGUGCAGCUGCUGGUGGCCCGUCUACACUGCCCGUCAGAUGACCUGGACCAGUGGGAGGAGCAACUGGGGAGGGAGGCUGGAGGCGCACAGGAGCCCAAGCCCAGCCUGAAGAAGUCCCACUCCAGCCCGUCCCUGCACCAGGAUGAGGCCCCCACCACAGCCAAGGUCAAGCGCAACAUCUCAGAGCGCAGGACCUACCGGAAGAUCAUCCCCAAGCGGAACCGCAAUCAGCUGUGACGCUGGCGCCGCCUCACUGACUCCGGCCCCACGGCCUGCGGCGGACUCGGGACGGGACGAAACCCCAGAGAAAAGCCUGACAUCCGGGGGUCUAGGGUGGUGAUGAGGCCCCGCCCCUUCCCCGCGGAAGGACAAAUCCUGCUUCCUUGUGGUCCUCUUUCCCUCCCUGGCGCACUGGCGAUUUCCUAAUACCACUGCCCCUGCCCCGGCCGCCCCCGAGCGGGGAGGGAGGUCAAGGAUUUGGCUUUGCUCCCACAGUUCAUCCCAUGUCACCUCCCAUCCCUCCAGAAUCCAGAACAGCCACCUUCCCCAGGCCUGGGGGCACCUGGGCACUUGUUUGAGAGUCAGAGUACCUGCCCCGGGCCUCCGGGAUAGAGGCUGGGGCAGCAGAGGCCUCUGGGCAGUCAAGCAGGGGCGCUGCAGCCCUGAGGAUGGCCUUGCUCCAGGAAUCAGGCAACCUGCUGGGAGCAGUCCUGGGAGACCCCAAUGGGGCCCUGCCCACGAGAGGACAGAACUCGACAGGUUCAAGGGCUCAGUGAGGCUGACUCUCGGGUCCCCUUCCUUUGUUUCCUCUUCCUCACAUCAUUCAUGCACAGGAGGCGAAUGAGAGGCCCCGCCUCCCACGGCCAAGUGCUGAUCAUCAGAGCAGAGCCUGUGGGCUCAGUGAGGGCCAGGAGGGGUGGGCUCUAGAGCUCGGUGGAGAGCCCGGGAACAAGGGGCCUUUGCCUCCCUGGAGCAGGGAGGAGGCUCUCCGGGUUCGGGCCCUAGAGAAGCUGAGGGUAAGAGGUGGGGGUGCAUCCCCAUGGGGGUUCUGGAGAGUCAUGAGGGGCAAAUGGAGGUCUGGCUCCCUUCCCACAUAUCCUGUCCCUGAAAGCUCCAUUCCCAAGGGGCGCUGGGACCCUUCCGGACCCCUUCCCUCCCCACCACCCUCCCCAGGAAGUCCCUCUGUGCCCACUCUGGCUGCCUCCCAGCUGGGCUGUACUCUGGGGGAGGUUCCGGACACUCGCAGACCUGAGGCUGUGCCUGUGGGAAGGAGGCUGGGCUGCAGGGGCAGCCACCAUUGUCUCUGUUCAGCCAAGUGUGUGAGCGGGCUGCCCGCCAAGAAGGGCCUCUCUGCUGCCCGCCUGCUGGCUGACGCAUGGCCUCUCGGCCGUCCUGCUGGCCCUGUCCUCCCGUCCAUGCUUGUCACCAGCCCUGGGGGGCCUGGAACUCCACCAGGCGGGGCCAGCUCUUGGGAGCCACGAGGGGUGACAGGCCAGGGCCCAGGGCUGGGCCAUGCACCCAAUGGGUGCACAAUAAUUACCAGCCAACGAAGAAGGAGGUGUGUACGAGUGUGUGUGUGGGGGCAGAUCCAGGCAGCUGGGACCACAUGUGGGGUGGCAGGCUGUGUCCCCUUUGCUCCGUGUGCGAGCCUGUAUGUGUGUCAGUGCGUGUGUGUGCAGAAAACUGUUCAGGGGCAGGAGUCACACUGAGGCUGUCACGUCUGAAGGGGACCUCGGAAUCAUUUAUUCAUCCACUCAGCUGUUCAUUCUUUCAUUUCACAAAUGAUCUCAACUACUUUUUAUGGGCCCAGUACUAUGGCAUUCAAACGUGAAUUAAGCAGGUCUCUGGCCUCUGGGAGAUGCUCACCCUGCUCUCUGGUUCCCAGCUGGCAGUGAAGAGGCACGCUUUACCUGGCUGGAGCCGCGCUGAAGACAUUCCCACCCUAUGCCCAGGGGUCAGGCCCAGUAGGUCUUGGUCAGGGGCACCUAUGGGUGUUUUUAAAGCUCCCUGGGCCACUCUGAUGUCCAGCAUCAGUUAACUGCCACGGCCAAGUCCUGUUGUCUUACGUGAUGGAGGCAGACGCCUAGGACCAGGUGAAUGUGAUUUGGCCCAGGAGCGAUGCUUACAGGCUGAACGGCUAUAAGUGGGUUAUUUGACCUCACUGACCUGUAUCCUUAUUUCUAAAAACAGAAUAAAAGGCAGAGAUUUCUGUGUA